AUGGAGGUUAUUGAUAACGCAUUAAGUACUAUUAAAGAUGAUGAUAUUAUUACAGGAAAACAACUUAAACAAAUAAUCACACCUAUUAGUAUUGUUUUAUCGACUCUAUCUAUUCGUGUUUCUGUAAUAGAUCAUUUACCUGUAUUUGCUGGUUCAGGAAUAAAUACAAAAAAGAGGAAUGAAGUAAAAUCUCCAUUACUAUCUGCUCUCCAUACAUUAUCCGAACUAGAAGAUGAUAAAAUUUUCUUAAAAUUAAAGGGAUGGGUCAACGGAAAUAAGGCUAUGGUGAUUUAUGAUACAGAAUAUGAUGAAUGGAAUUCAAAUACAUUUAACAAAAAAAUUAUGUCAAAAGGCAAUAUUAGUUUGUUAGUGUUUACAGAGGAUAAAGAUGUAUUUGGAAUUCAUUAUAAAAUUCCAAAAGUUGAUGUUCAGUCAAGUUUAGUUGACCAGAACCAUUUUAUUUUUUCAAUUGAACGGCAUGGAAAACCUACAAAUAAAAUGUGGAAAUCUACUCAAGAAGAAAUAUCUUGUUUAACACUGUUUGAGUCAGGGUCUUUCCUUUUUAAAACUCCUGCAUUUUCUAUUCAAUCAGUUAGAGGAAGAAAAGGGUCUUAUGUUCAAACAAAAUUAUCUCAGUUCUACCCAAUGUUAAAAGAGUCAAAACUGACAUAUAUUCCGUAUCCAUCAUUUUUUGAGGUUACAAGGAUAGUUGGAGUUGAAUGGGUAUAA